AUGGCGGAUGCACGCGAGACAGGGGCGGGCGUCGCCUUCGCCGAGUUUGUCGCCCGCAGAGUUGCGGCUGUGGGCCGCAUCCUAGAACGGUGGCGCUACCGAGGUGCACUGGAGAUGCUCGAUGAGAGCCCGUGCUUCCAGGAUGUCCCGGACGUGUUAGACCAGGAGAGGAGGUCCAAGAGGGCGGAGACCUUCGGCAUCUCCCGGCCCCGCGCGGCGGACGGCCAGUUCUCCAUUCUUGAGUCGCAUGCCAUCGCGAGCACGGCGGAUGGCCUCUACAAUGCCUGGUUCAAGGAGCUCCAGGAUUUUGCGACCUCGAUAGAUCGCGCGCUGGACUCCGCCAAGAGCGCAGACGCAGCAAUGGCGGACUUCGCGGACUACUUGUUUUUAGAAGGCCUCGAGGAGGCGGAGUUGCUCAAGGCGCGCGCCGCGGCGGUCUGGCAUCUUGCGGAUUUGCCCCCAUGGGGAAAGCUGCGCCUGCCGCGCUUCCAGAGGGCGGUCAAGGGCUACACCAACCUCGACCCGGGCAUCGCGACGCCCCCCGCCCCGUGGGAGAUCACCUGCCGGAUCGCGAGGCAGCUGGCAGAGGUCCUGAAGUCGGUCCUCGCCUACCUAGCGAUCCCCCUGAUGCUCGCGGCGCAUCUGCGGUCGAUCGACCCGCGCUCGCUAAAGGAGGAGGACCUCUGCCCACCGAGCGCGAGCAGCCAGUGGUGGGCUUGGAAACUCCACCCAGCCGAGCGCGGCGACAAGUCGAAUAUCGGCCUCUGCGACGAGAGCAUCCUGCUCGACGCCUCGUACCUCCCAGAUUUGGGCGAGUGCGUCGUCGCGCUCAUGACAGGCGGCCCCGCCAGGAAACUGUUCAACAUCGGGCCGUCAGCCCUCCUGUCGCUCUGGAAGGUAGCCAUGCGCCAGCUGGGGUGCCCCGCCGGCGCGAAGUACGUGCCAUGCCAGCUGAGGCAUGGGGGCCCAUCUCACGAUCGGCUCGCGGGGUGCCGCAGGCUGCCAGAGAACCAGAGGCGCGGCCGCUGGCUGGCCGAGGGCGCGGUCAGACGCUACGAGGCGAGCGCCAGGGCGCAGCAGGAGUGGGCCCGCUCCUCGGCCGCCCAGCAGCUCGAGGCCCGCGAGGGGCCUGGCCCGCCGCGCUACGGCCUCGACCUCUAUGCCGGCACCACGGGCAUCAGCCAGGCGCUCGCGCGCACGGGCAUCGACGGCUCGGCCUGGGACGCGCUCUUCAGUGUAAAAGCCGACCUCGCGGACCCGCAGAAAAUGAAGCGGUUGGCCAGGCGAACGCCGCAGACCAACGUGGCCCAGCACAGGCGUCUCUUCGCAGCCAGCGGACGGAGACAGGGCCUGCCAGCGCGGUGCCUCGGCGCGUGGAUCGCGAUCGCCUGCUCGACGUGGUCCAGAGAAGACGCCUCCGCCGCGGUCGAGCUGAACCCCGCGAACACUAAGGCGCGGUACCGCCGCGCCAUCGCGCGGACGGAGAUGGGCCGGGCCGAGGAGGCGAUGCGGGACGCGGAGCAGGCGGGGCCGGCGGCGGAGUCUCUGCGAUGA